GCUGGUUUAAGAUUAAGAUUUCUUCGCCCUCAUAUCGAACAGACUUGGAAACCUGCUGCCGUGGUCGACCUCAAUUUGAACCCGGAAGACUGCCAGAAAAAUGAGCAAAGUCCCCUUGAGUUGGGAAUUGAUGUCUUUAUUACUCUGGGGUUGUUAGUUAGCUAUUUACCACAGCAUUACAGAAUCAUCAAGAUUAAGAGCAGCGAAGGUCUUAAUCCCAUCUUCUUGUUGCUGGGUACUUUAUCGGCAACUUCAAGUUUGUUCAAUGUCAUAAUCCUGGAGUUUAAACCCAUUCAAUGUUGCUCCUUACUGAGUGCUGUUGAAUGCGCCAAGACCACAAUCUCGGUUAUUCAGUUAGGAAUUCAGUGGACAAUGUUUGUCCUAGUGUAUCCUUUAUGUCGUCGAAUCUAUAUUGAUGUUUCUCGCUUAUGGUAUCUUCCGUUAAUUCACUACGGUCGCCCACCUAUUGCUCGUUCGCGCGAGUGGAAGGUGUCUAUUGCCGUUCUAUAUGCUGUUAUAGUACAUUUUUUAUUGGUCCUAUCGGUCACCGUUUAUCUUUUGGUUCUGGUUGGUGAUUCUAGUCAAAGGGAGACUUAUUUAUGGGCCGGAUUCCUGGGCGUUAUUUCAAUGAUGAUGGCAUCGGUUCAAUAUUUACCUCAGAUUUGGACUACUUGGAAGAUGAAGGCUGUUGGAGCUCUGAGUAUUCCAAUGAUGCUUAUGCAAACUCCUGGCGCGUUCCUUUUUGCAUAUUCCCUUGCAUCGAAAGAAGAUAAUAAUUGGACUACAUGGAUUGUCUUCUUUGUAACUGGCUGCCUGCAGGGCAUUCUCCUUGUCAUGGCUAUAUGUUGGCACUUCCGUGCCAAACAUAUGGGAUAUGGUCCCUUUGAUGUUACUGAUGCUGAAGUUUUAUAUGAUAGCGACGGACGACCGAUGAGGCCAGGUAGACAUUCGGCUACCGACGAGCGAUCGCCGUUGAGACCAGAUAAUCAACCCAAUUACGCGUCAGUUAUUCAUGAAGAAGAUUAA